GUCUCGCUUCCGCUUCUUCUUCCGGUGGAGGCGGGAUUUCCGGUCCCUGGGAGGGGACACGUCCGCUUGCCGGGAAAUCAGGCACUGGCUUGAGGAUUUUAUGGAGUGGAGUGAGAUUUCUUUUUGCUGUCAAUGUCGGAAGUUCUCCCUGCUGUCUGCCCUGCUGUCUGGCCCUGGGCUCACUUGAGAUUGCUGGGGAAAAGAAAGGGUCAACUGGGAGGUUUAGACACGUGGAGAAGGAGUGUGCCUGGCUCUACCAGUUGGAACUGGGAUCAGAAGUGGAGCUGAGGAGGCUGGUCCAGGGAGAAUGCAACGCUAAGAGGUCAGACCUAUACCCCACUUGGGAGGUGACCUCACAUGUUUGCCACCUUGCAAGCCCCUGCUAAGAGAUAUUACAUUACUGAGGCAGUGUAACUUUGUGAAAAGAACACUAGGCUGAGGCUGACAACACCAAAUGCUGGCAGGAAUGUGGAGCAACAGGAACAGGAAUUCGUGGCUGAUGGGAAUGCAAAAUGGUACAGCUACUUUGGAAGAAAGUGUGGCAGUUUCUUAAAAAACUAAACAUACUCUUACCAUAUGAUCCAGGAAUCAUGCUCCUUGGUAUCUACCCAAAGGAGAUGAAAACUUACGUCCACAUGAAAAUCUGCCGAUGGAUGUUUAUAGCAGCUGUAUUCACCAUGGCCAAAUCUUGAAAGCAACCAAGAUGUCCUUCAGUAGGUAAAUAGAUAAAUAAACCGUGGCCAUCCUGAAAUGGAAUAUUAUUCAGUGCCAAAAAGAAGUUAACUACAAAGCCAUGAAAAGACAUGGAAGAACCUUAAAUUUACAUUACUAAGUGAAAGAAGCCAAUUUGAAAUGUCUACAUAUUGUACAAUUCCAACUAUAUGACAUUCUGGAAAAGGAAAAUUAUGGAAACAGGAAAAAGAGCAGUUGUUGCCAGGGGUUAGGGAAGGGGGAUUGACUAGGCAGAGCAUAGAGGACUUUUACAGCAAUGAGACUAUAAUGGUGGAUACACAUCAUUAUAUAUUUGUCCAACCCCACAGAGUGUACAACACCAAAAGUGAACCCUAAUGUCAGCUAUGGACUUUGGGUGAUUAUGAUGUCAAUGUAGUUUCAUCACUUGUAACCAAUGUGCCACUCUGGUGGAUGCGUGGGGACAGGGGGCAUACGGAAAAUCUCUGUAACUUUCCUCUCAAUUUUGCUCUGAAUCUAAAACUACCCUUUAAGAAGUCUUCUUUUAAAACAAUUUAAAAAGCAUGAGUUGAUACAGAUGUGGGAGCUUGACUCUUAUCUCUGCCAAACUCUGUGACAUUCGAUAAAUUACUUAACAUGUCUCUGUUUUAGUUUCCUCAUCUAUAACUGGGAAAAAUUAUACCUGUCUUAUAGAGUUGCCAUGGGGAUGAAAUGAGGCGUGUGUCUCGUUCAUAUCCAAUGUUCAGUGAAUUAGUAGCAGCAGCUACUGUGUGUUUGUGUGUCUUUCUCCCUCACGGGUUAAUGAGCUCCUUGUGGGCAGUGACUUACUCAUUCUGCAACCACCCCAUCUAACACACUGCCUGGCACUUGGGCUCCGCAGAAGUUUGCUGAGUGAAUACUUAGUAAGCCCUAACCUAGGCUUUUCUCUCUGGUGGACAUUGGGUUGUUUCUAGGGUUUUUGCUAUGAAUAAAACACAUUUCAAAGCCCUUCGUGGUUUUUUGGGUUUUUUUGUUUGUUUGUUUUUGCUUCAUUUGAUCCGCAGACUCUGUGAAGCAGGCAGAAAGGGGAUAUUUGCACUUGUCCACACCCUGGGAUAGAUGGAAUAACUGUGGCUCAGGGAAGUGAAGUGACUCCUGUGGGUCACAGUGCAAAUCAGUGGCAAUAAUUAGAACCCCUGACCCUGCCUCCCUUCCUUUAGUAGAUCUAUUUUCCUUCUAGCUACCACCUUCUGGAUCCAUGGCCUCUCCAAAACUAGAGACCGUGAUGGUCGGCCUGACCUGAGAGCAGCACCUGCACGCAGAGACCCAUGUUGAAGCUCUCUAGAGGGAGGAAGAAGGGCCCAGGAAAAGUGGUAUUGCGAUCUUCUGCAAAGGGGUCAUAGCAUGCACAAGAAAUGAGGAGUAGGUUGGAGGAACUGAAAUUCUUGGAGGGAAGAUGGAGAAAUCAAGUCCUUGAUCUUGAGACAGAGCCCCUCCAGGACCCCCGACGCCGCCUAGGCGCCCAGCGACCCGCGGCAGGUGGCAGCAGCUCGGGCCCCCGCCGCACUCCAGGCGCCCGCAGCGCUCGCCCUGACGCGGCCGCCAUGGCGCAGGAGAACGCUGCCUUCUCGCCCGGGCCGGAGGAGCAGCCGCGGCGGCGCGGCCGCCAGCGCUACGUGGAGAAGGAUGGCCGGUGCAACGUGCAGCAGGGCAACGUGCGCGAGACAUACCGCUACCUGACGGACCUGUUCACCACGCUGGUGGACCUGCAGUGGCGCCUCAGCCUGUUAUUCUUCGUCCUGGCCUACGCGCUCACCUGGCUCUUCUUCGGCGCCAUCUGGUGGCUGAUCGCCUACGGCCGCGGCGACCUGGAGCACCUGGAGGACACCGCGUGGACGCCGUGCGUCAACAACCUCAACGGCUUCGUGGCCGCCUUCCUCUUCUCCAUCGAGACCGAGACCACCAUCGGCUACGGGCACCGCGUCAUCACCGACCAGUGCCCCGAGGGCAUCGUGCUGCUGCUGCUGCAGGCCAUCCUGGGCUCCAUGGUGAACGCCUUCAUGGUGGGCUGCAUGUUCGUCAAGAUCUCGCAGCCCAACAAGCGCGCAGCCACGCUCGUCUUCUCCUCGCACGCCGUGGUGUCGCUGCGCGACGGGCGCCUCUGCCUCAUGUUCCGCGUGGGCGACUUGCGCUCCUCACACAUAGUGGAGGCCUCCAUCCGCGCCAAGCUCAUCCGCUCGCGCCAGACGCUGGAGGGCGAGUUCAUCCCGCUGCACCAGACCGACCUCAGCGUGGGCUUCGACACGGGAGACGACCGCCUCUUCCUCGUCUCGCCGCUGGUUAUCAGCCACGAGAUCGACGCCGCCAGCCCCUUCUGGGAGGCGUCGCGCCGUGCCCUCGAGAGGGACGACUUCGAGAUCGUCGUUAUCCUCGAGGGCAUGGUGGAAGCCACGGGAAUGACAUGCCAAGCUCGGAGCUCCUACCUGGUAGACGAGGUGCUGUGGGGCCACCGCUUCACGUCAGUGCUGACUCUGGAGGACGGCUUCUACGAGGUGGACUAUGCCAGCUUUCACGAGACUUUUGAGGUGCCCACACCUUCCUGCAGUGCUCGAGAGCUGGCAGAGGCUGCAGCCCGCCUUGAUGCCCAUCUCUACUGGUCCAUCCCCAGCCGGCUGGAUGAGAAGGUGGAGGAGGAGGGGGCGGGGGAGGAGGCAGGUGGGGAAGCUGGGGCUGACAAGGAGCAGAAUGGCUGCCUGCCACCCCCAGAGAGUGAGUCCAAGGUGUGACCAGCUUCCUCCAGACCCCUGUGGCAGACCGGGGGCCAGACACAGAUACAUGGGGAACUGCAUAUCGGAGGUGGUGGAGGAGGAGGAGGAGGAAGGCAAAGCCCCUGGAAAUGUGCUAAAGUUGGAAAGUCCCCGUCCCCCAGAUCCUCAAGUCUAGAAACCAGUAUGGAAGGGAAGGGUCCUGAUUUCAGGGAAAUGGAGGGUGGGGCCGGGUGAACAUGCCAGUGUGUGUUUGACCUUCACAUUUGUUCAUGAGUGGAUGGAUGGACGGAAUGAUGGACUUUUGGGGGUUGGAUGGGAAGACGGUAGCAGAUAAAGACAGCUGACAGAUACAUAAAUGGACCAGUAGACAAUUGGUCCACUCAGGGCUGCCACUAACCUGUAGAACACCCCUGUGCAAAUUCUAAAAAGGAACCUUUUUCCUCCAGACAGAUACAGCCCCAAACCAGGGUGCAUGGCUUCGGGAGCAGAGUGUAGGAUGGAUUGCAGUCCCCAAUCACCUCUUCUGCCAGCCUCCCCACAUAUGGCACAACUGUCUAAUGACAUGGUAGGCCAAGCUGAAGCGAAGGAGAAAGGAGCCAGACCAAGAUGGGCACGUGAGGAGGGUGCCCUCCUAGCUCCACCCUCACCAGGAUGAAGGCAUGCAAGGGGCUCAGCAAGGUGUGAAUGACCUUAGUCCACAAGUUCAGGGAAGCAGGCAGAGCAGGCAGGUGCCUGAGCUGGGGCCUGGAGAAGGGCCUGGGAAAGGAAAACCAGGGAUAGCUAUUUUCUUACAGUGGAGUGAGAUCUUACAGGUAUCAGGCACAGGCAGGAAGAGAGAGAGGUUCUGGGGAGGAAGGGCCAGGAGAGAGAUCUAGAAAGUGGGUUCGCUGGAGCUGGGACAGAGGGAGCCCCUAGAAAAGCAGUGUGUCCUUGAGGCACAGUCAUUCACAUCACUGAUUGGGUGCCAUGUGGAGUGGACAUUCAAAAACCUGAUUCCUGUUCUCAAAAUACGGGGCACCUGGGAAAACAAAGGAAUCUACCUGUGGCGACUGAACGAGGGAUAAUUCAAACUGACAACCUGUGCAGUCCCGUGGAGGGUGGGGGAAUGUGCGUGAUCAGAAGGCUGGGGCCGGUGUAAGGCAUAGGGAAUACGUAAGUCAGGAGUUAGAAGUCUCCAGUGUGCGUUGGAAUCACCUGGAGGGCUUGUUAAAACACAGAUUUUUGGGCUCCACUCCAAGGGUUCUGACCCAAGAGGUGGGGACCAAAACUAUGCAUUCCUAAGAAGUCCCCAGGUCAUGCUGCUGCUGCUGGACUGGGGACCACACUUUGAGAACCUGUGCUCUAAGUGAAGACUUGGAGGUCGUCUCAGGAAAUGGGGCAUAGAAACUGAGGAGUAGCUGAGAGGAAGAUGAAGAGAAGCUGAGAAGAAGCUGAGGAUCCUCACAGGAGCAGACAGAGAAAUGUGAAGGGUGGGGUUUUAUGUGUGGGAAAGGGACCUGAAGCCCAGGCUGAAGAGUUUAACUCUGGGCCCAGAAACUCAAUCAUCAGUGGAAACAGGGCAGUGACAAGUGGAGGGGGUGUCUGGAAGCUGAGCAGGCCCGACAGAGAGAUGAAGCCAUCAGAAUGACUUGAGGGGGCUCCUGGGGAGGUCGGGGGGAGGUGGAGCAGGAACGGUUUUAGGGGCAAAGGACAGAACCCCUUGUGGGACUGGAGGCAGGAUUGAAUGUGGGAGAAAAUCUGAGAGAAGUGAUAGGAGUCAGAACAUCUGGAUGUGUCUGCAGCCUGCUGUCAGCCCAAUUGGGCCAGGGGGUCCCAAAGAUGCAUAUUCUCACCCCACCUCCACCUGCUUCCUGAUCACAUCCCAGUCACCAGCAGCAGCUUCCUGGAUGGUGAGGGAGAACAAUGGCAAGUUGAGAGGGGCAGAGGGGUGGAAGGGACCUGAAGCUGGCCUGGAGAAAAGCAUAGGCCCAGGAGAGCCUGCCCCGGGACAGCAUCUAUCUCCCACACAGCAGCACUGGCCCAGCAAGGACCUCCUCCCUUGGCCCUGGCCACAUCCCACUCCUGCCCUUUCAUAAGCGCCCUGGGGAAAGCACUCCAGUCUUCUCUGUUCCAGGCUGGGCAGCUAGGGUCCUAUGGGGCACAGCCAGGGUCCUAUGGGUCCUCUGGAAGCAAGAAAGAGGGCCAUGGAAGGAGCCCAGACAGCUUGGGUUCACUCAGAGAGGACCCAAGUCCCAGUCCCUUCCUUUCAGUCAAAGCACGGACAUCUUUGCCUCAGGUCACAGGGCCACUGGGGUCGUCAUCAAAGAUGAGAUUCCUGAAGCCUGGCAUUGACUGGUCCCCUAAGAACAGAUGUUGGGAUGGGGAAUGAGGAUUCAUUCGGGUUUCAGUAGAACAGGGGGGUCUGGACAAGAGGGGGUGGGCUACUUGGUAUCCACACACAGGCACUCACACAGGAGCCAACCCAUUGCAGCUGAACAAGCAGAGAAACUGAGUCUGGAAAGACCCCUCCUGCCUGCUGAAGUCACUGAGACCCUGCCACACCUCUCCUCGCCACUGUCACCACUCAGGGCACCACUGUACAGUGCAACAAGUCAGGAGACCUAGGUCCUACUCCUGACACUUGUUAAUUAGCUCUAUGACUCUGGGCAAAUCGCAUAUCUGGGCCUCAGUUUCCUCAUCUGUAAAAAUGACACUUAGCAAACUCGUAAUGCUCAAUAAAUGUUUAAAUAACAACUGAA